AUGGGGAAGAAAGGGAAGUGGUUUGACGCCGUGCAGAGGAUCCUAAGCACUUCUGAACCAGAUCCCGUGGAGGCGGAUGCUAAGGUAAAUUUUAACAGCCCGAAAAAAAAUCAUCAUCCGCUCAAUAAGGCUGCGAAGCUGAAGGACAAGCCGAGCUUCAAGAAGAUAUGGCAGUUCAGCAAAUCGCACCCAUCAGGUGCGUCCGCGUCCGCCGCGCCGGCGCCGGAUCCGGCGGCCCAUCAGCCUCAACCGCCACCGUCGCCGCGGCCUGAUCAGCAGCAGGCCAAGGAGACCACCGCAGAGGCGCAGCGCGCGGAGACAAGGGGCGACGACGGCGGCGUCCGUACGGCGGAUGUGGCUUCAAAGGCUGGCGCCGACGCCGCGGCGGUCACCACGCCGAGGGCGUGGGCUGCGCGCUCGAAGGAGGACAUCGCCGCCACCAGGAUCCAGGCGGCUUGCAGGGGCUAUAUGGCAAGGAGAGCGCACCAGGAAAGAGGGAUGGCUCGGCUGAUGUCGCUGGUUGAGGGGUUCACCAUCAAGCGCCAGACCGAGGAAGCAUUGUACUGCAUGCAGACGAUGACGAGGAUCCAGACCCAGAUAUACUCGAGGAGGCUCAAGACGGAGGAGGACAAGAAGGCCCUCAAGAGCCAGAUCAAGGUUAAGCAGAGCCUGGACAAAAUAAAGAUCGGUGACGGCUGGGACCAUAGCCUUCAGUCCAAGGAGCAGAUGGAAGCCGUGCUGGUGAUGAAGCAAGAAGCCGCUUCAAGGCGACAAAGGGCGUUGUCAUAUGCAUUUUCUUAUCAGUGGAGGAACAGGAAGCCACCCUCCACGCGAGCUGCGCCUGCUCCGAUGUUCAUGGACCCGGGCAACCCGAACUGGGGCUGGACCUGGACGGAGCGCUGGAUGGCGGCUACGAGGCCGUGGGAGAACCAGACCGCGGCGCCGGCCGAUGGCCGUGGCGCGGCGAAAGCCGCCGGCCGAAUGCCUCGAGUGGCCGUCUCGAUUCAGAUACCCACGACGACGACGCCAGGGGGCAGCAGCAGCAGCAAGUCCUUCCGCCCACCGAGCUGGCCGUCGCUCCCGUCCCCAUCGACGCCCCCGCCGCGGUCGCCGUCGCUCCCGGGGAGGAUGGCAUUGCCGUCGAGCCCCAGGAGCAGCACGCUCCACGGUUCCAGCGGCCUGCAGCGCACCAAGAGCAUGCAGCCGGAUGGCCGGCCGCGGAGCAGCCAGGAUCUCUCGGUGAGCAGCCCGCGCCGCGCCGUGCCGUCGAGCCCGAGGGGCGGCGGGAGCGGCAGCCCGCUCCACCCUUCCGGCGGCAUGCAGCCCCAGCGCCGGCCGCGGAGCAGCCAGGAGCUCUCGGUGAGCAGCCCGCGCCGCGCCGUGCCGGCGAGCCCGAGGAGCUGCGGAAGCAGCGGCAGCCCGCUCCACGGUUCCAGCGGCAUGCACCCCGAGCGGCGCCCGCGGAGCAGCCAGGAGCUCUCGGUGAGCAGCCCGCGCCGCGCCGUGCCGGCGAGCCCGAGGAGCUGCGGGAGCGGCAGCCCGCUACACGGUUCCAGCGGCGUGCAGCCCCAGCGCCGCCCGCGGAGCAGCCAGGAGCCCGGGGCGACCAGCCCGCGCCCGGCCGCCAAGGUCGCCCCCCUGCGGCGCACGACGAGCCUGCGGGCGGAGCUCCCGAGAAGGCUGAGCCUGGGGAGCGCCGCCGCGCCCGAGGGGGAUGACGCGGGCGCGCCGGUGACCCCCAGCUACAUGCAGCAGACCAAGUCCGUGAAAGCCAAAGCCCGGUGCGCGAGCCCGUCGGCGUCGCCGGCCGCGGCGGACGUGUUCGACGCCGCCGCUCCGGACAGCGGGCCAGCACCUCUGUGGGUGCCGUCGCCGUCUUCAGCGAAGAAGCGCCUGUCCCUGGAGUUGGCGGACAAGCCGAGCGCCUCGUCGCCGAGCAAGGUGGCCGCAGAGAGGGUGAUGAGACGGCAAUCGCAGUCUCCGAGCCCCAGGAUGUCGUCGCUUUCCUGA